AUGGAGGAACGAGCUGCCAUCCCACCAGGUCUUCCACGGCUCAACCCAACUAUUUCAUACUGGCAAGAUCCACCUUCAGACAUAGGAUGCCUACGAUCAACAGCAUCACUACCGGAGAAAGCUGACUACAUAGUCAUUGGCUCUGGUAUAAGCGGAUCAUGUAUAGCCUACAAUCUCCUCUGCCGACAGCCCAAAGCAAAAGUAGUCCUGCUCGAAGCCCGGCGAGCAGUGAGCGGUGCCACUGGUCGUAAUGGCGGUCAUACCAAGGCCGCUUCAUAUCGAAGCUUUCUCGAGCAUGAGAGAGAACUAGGUCUUGAGGAGGCGAUCAAGAUUGCGAAGCUGGAGUAUGCUAAUAUUGUCGCCACGCACGCGUUUGCUAAGACCCAUGGCAUCGAUUGUGCGAGUACGGAGUGUCAGACUUUUGAUAUUGUCUAUUGCCAAACCCAAUUCGUCUUAGGAAAGCAGGCUAUUGGUCGUAUGCGGCAGACGAUGGAAGACCAUCCCGCCGCUCAGUAUAAGAUCUGGGAUGCGGACGAGGCGAAGGAGAAGUUUCUCACGCCUAAUGCAUGUGGAGCUUUUGAGUAUUAUGCUGGGAGUCUUAGUGCUUACCAACUCGCUAUCGGUGUGCUAAAGCUCGCCUUGGCCAAGGGAUUAAAUCCGCAGACCACUACGCCAGCUACUAGCUUAUGGUCUGAGCCUUGUAGUGGCAAGACGCAAUGGACUGUCCAGACCCCUCGAGGCUCCAUCGCAGCGCCGGAGAUCGUGCUCGCAACGAAUGGCUAUAGCGCACAUCUUCUACCCAUGCUACAGGGCGCCAUCGUGCCGCUUCACGGCCAGAUAUGCGCGCAACGGCCUGGUCUCGGACUCCCUCAUACUGGGCUGGGGAAUGCGUAUUCUUUCAUCCAUGAGACUGGAUACGAGUACAUGAUCUCUCGACCUCCUGGCACGCCAGACACCGGUACCAUUACCAUCGGAGGUGGUCUGUGGAAAUUGGAGAACAAUGGUGCUUCGCGGUAUGGCGAGACGAAUGAUACUGCUCUCGAACCCAGUAUAACUCUUUUCCUUCGAGACUGUACAGAAGAGUAUUUCGGUCCCGAGAAUUGGGGUGCCGAUCACGCUUCUGGUCGGGUGAAGAAGGAAUGGAGUGGGAUCAUGGGCGCUUCGGCAGAUGGCUUGCCAUAUGUUGGUGCUCUUACAGACACUCAGGGUCUGUGGAUCUCAGCGGGGUUUCAUGGGCAUGGGAUGGUCUGGUGUCUGAAAGCUGCCGAAGCCUUGGCCGUUAUGAUGGUAGGGAGCGAAGCCGAGUAUAGAGAGAUGGAGGAGUGGUUCCCCAGGAGUGCGGUCUGUGAGUAG